ACUGAGGCUGGGGAGGAGCGGCCCAGACUGGGAUCUAGGUCUGAAUGUUUCCAAGCCAGCUCUUAAUCACUGCCACGGGGGAGGUGAUGGGGCUCAGGCCCCCUACUCUCCGAGAGGGGCAUUUUUACUCCUCCACGGUCCUGGGAACAGUGGAGUCUGGCUGUUCUGAUGCACAUCCGGGAGAUAAGGGGGUAGGUUGCGGGGGUCCACACUAGCCAGUUUCAAGGGUAUCCCUUACUGGGAUUUCCCGGUGUUUCAACUUGCCUGGCUGUCGCCUACAUUCCCUGCCCCUCCCGGGAUCGACUCAUCCCGUCGCCAUCCACCCUGGUACCCCGGGAGCCGUCGGCUCUUGAGGAAUUGGAAAUUUCGUGACGCUCCCUGCCCUGGCUGCGCGGCGGGCGGGGUUGUGGGGGUGCUGGAAGGGGCUAUCGCGCAAAUGCGGGCGCUGCCUCCGCCGCAAACGGCAGGCCUCAUCGUGGGCCGGGGACUCCCGGAGGAGGCACAGCAACUGGCGCCCCGGGCGAGGGCUGGCGUCCCUACCGCCCACCUCGAGGCUCGCCGCCCCUGCCGCCCCGCCCGUCCGCGCUGGGUGGGCGCUUCCCUCCUCUCCCUGCGACACUUUGCAGACGCUCCCCGGCGCUGGGCAUGGGCGCCGCCGCCGUCGGUCCCCGGGCCCAAUUCCUCGCGCUGGUGGGUGACCCAUGGUGAGGGUCCAUCCCAUGCAGACCAGGAUGUUCCUGCUCUGUGGACCCCGCGAGGGGCCCGACUCCUUCCGUUCCGUACCUAGUGCCCCUAAGGCGCUCAGCUGCCCGAGUUCGCUGGAGGCCGCGCCAUGAAUGACCGAAACAGGAGGAGGACACUGAAGAAGGACGAUGAGGCCUUCGAGAUUUCCAUCCCCUUCGAUGAGACGCCCCACCUAGACCCACAGAUCUUUUACAGUCUGAGCCCCUCUCGGGGAAACUUUGAGGAGCCUCCAGAGGCUGCACCCCCUGCUGUGGCCCUGAUGAGUGGUGUUAGGGCCCAGCUGCACAUGGCCCUGGAGAGGAACUCGUGGCUGCAGAAGCGCAUCGAGGACCUAGAGGAGGAGAGGGACUUUUUGCGGUGUCAGCUGGACAAGUUUAUUUCUUCUGCUCGUAUGGAUGCAGAGGACCACUGCCGGCUGAAGCCUGGGCCCCGGCGGUCUGAGGGAGACAGCCGGGGUGGGGCUGGGGGCGAGGCCUCCGACCCUGAGUCGGCAGCCUCCUCGCUCAGUGGAGCAUCUGAAGAAGGCGGCAACAGUGAGAGGAAGAGGCAGAAGCAGAAGGGAGGCGCUGGCCGGAGGCGCUUUGGGAAGCCCAAGGCGCGGGAGAGGCAGCGUGUGAAGGAUGCCGACGGGGUCCUCUGCCGUUACAAGAAGAUACUGGGCACCUUCCAAAAGCUGAAGAGCAUGUCUCGGGCUUUUGAGCAUCACCGUGUGGACCGCAACACGGUGGCACUGACCACGCCCAUCGCGGAGCUGCUCAUCGUGGCUCCUGAGAAGCUGGCCGAGGUGGGCGAGUUCGACCCUUCCAAGGAACGCCUGCUCGAGUAUUCGCGCCGCUGCUUCCUGGCCCUGGACGAUGAGACCCUCAAGAAGGAGAGGGGCACUGUCCAUACCCUGGCCCAGGCCCUCAACCCCGAGGAGAGGCUGGCCGGCCCUGUCUGCCCUACCACCAAGGAGCUCCCCACCCGCAUUCCGGACCACCCCCGAGUCCACGUGAGACAGAGAAUUAUUCAGAGAAUUUAAAUUAAAAAGAUAAAAUUUGGAAUAAA